AUGGGCAAGGACCAGAUCUUGGCUCAAAUUUAUGUCGAUGAUAUUAUCUUCGGAUCGACAAGUGAGGAGCUUAGCAAGGAAUUUGAGAGAGUUAUGAAAAAGAAGUUCGAGAUGUGUGCGCUCGGAGAAAUGACAUUGUUCUUGGGUUUACAAGUCAAACAGGAUUCUCGAGGCAUUCUUAUUCAUCAAGGGAAGUAUGUGGACGAUGUGCUGGAAAAAUUCAAGUUCACAGACGCAAAACCGGCUGAAACUCCAAUGGCAGAAAGACCAUUACUGACUGAGGAUGCAGAAGGAUCCCCUGUUGAUCAACGCCUUUAUAGGUCUAUGAUCGGGUCAUUGAUGUAUUUGACAGCGAGCCGUCUAGACAUUAUGUUUGUUGUCUGCAACUAUGCGCGAUAUCAGGCUAAUCCUAAAAACUCUCAUCUUACUGCUGUUAAACGAAUCUUUCGGUACCUUAAAGGGCGAACUCGGUUUGGUCUGUGGUAUCUGAGGGAUUCCAAUUUUGACCUGUUUGCGUUUUCUGAUAGUAAUUUUGGAGGCACUGACAAAGACAAGAAAUCCACAUCAGCUGGAUGUUUUGUUUUCGUAAAACGUGCUCGGGAAGUCAUGGAUUUGAAGUUCAUCCCGACACAUAGUCAGGCAGGCUACUUAGCACCACCUCCAGAGAAGCACAAGAAGAUAUACACUUCAUUCAUCAAGGGUCUGAAUAGUUGCCGAAUCGUUCAUGCUUUAUGA